CUGUAAUAAGCAAAGGUUUAACCUAGUUACUCUUCGAAUUUAUUGUACUGUUGAGAAUUGUACACAACAACAACAAACCCCCACGUGAUAGCAAAGAUAAUUACAUGGGCAGACGUUGAAGUAUGUCGCAGGAGAUGAAAAAGCGAAAGUGAAAGCGACUGCAUCGAACUAGUAGGAAUUUAAGCACCCAGACAAGACAAAGCGUGAAGAAAUAUAUGUUCCUGUUUAUAAAUGACAUGGUGAUUUAGGUUGAAAAAUGGAGGUAAUUGCAAACCUGCACAGCAAGGAAGGCCGAUGGAAAACCAAAUAAGAAACAUGGGAAACACUUGGACAAGUUGGCAUGGCUGCCAGAGAACGAGUAACCCAGAAGUAGCGAAUGGUGAACAGAAAACCAUGUUAAAACAGAGGACUAGGUCAAACAGUUGUUCAAACCAAGAAGUUCCACAGGAGAGCGAUCUACAAUCAUUCGAAGAGGAAGCAAACAGAGGAAUCCAGGAAAAGCAAGAUGGUAACAUUUCUGAAGACUCUGACAAAUUAAGCCAGGGUAUGUUUCAGCGAAAGACAAGCAAGUCCACUGGCCCUUCGGCUAGUGCAGAAGAGACACAGAAGAAAGAUACUGCAAUGAUAAAUUUGACUAGACAUGAAAAGGAAAAAUAUAUUCCCAGUGAUAAACCUUCUUCAGCAAGUGCAACUGGUGACCAGAAAGAGAAACCUGCGUUAGAAACCAAAAAAGAAUGUGCACAUUCAGGACAUGGAAAAACUACUCAGGCACAUGACCUGAAGGCAUCCCUGACCAGCCACGAUUCCCAUAAAAACUGUGAAGUAAAGCUGUCGGCAUCAAGUAGCUCUUCAGCAAAGGAGUCAUCUGUAGACAAUGAGGAGGACAUGUACCGUGAUGCAGAAGAAAUAGAGAGAGAAAAAGUAUUACCUGUUUGUGAGACAGGCUCCUCAGAAAAUAAACUCAGUGUUGCACCUGAAAUGGACAUCAUAGAGUACUGCCAAAAAGAAUGGAGAGGAAAUACACCGGCGGCAAAAUGUAUGAAAAAGGGAUAUGAAGCAGUUUCUCAGAAGUUUACCUCUAUAAGGAGAGUGCGAGGUGAUAACUAUUGUGCUCUCAGAGCAACAUUGUUCCAGGCACUGAGCCAAACUUCUGAACUUCCUGACUGGCUUCAGAGUGAAGACUUAACGUUGCUUCCAGAAAAACUGCUGAGCAAAUACGAUUGGAUCCAACAGUGGCAGCUAAGACAGAAACUGGGCAGGAAGAUGGGAGAACUAAGUGACGAAAUUAAAGACUACUUAAUACUUCUAAGGAAGAAGUGGGAGAGUAUGAGUGAAAUGAAAAGUCCUGUAGAGAGACAAGCAGCUUGUGAUGAAUUGUUUACAAAUGAAGAGGAGGAGUACAGUCUCUAUGAAGCUGUGAAAUUUUUGAUGCUGAACACAGCUAUUGAAUUGUAUGAUGAUGAUAAAAAAGGAAAGAAAGUACCAGUGUUCUCAUGGCUAUUGUUUGCCCGGGAUACAUCCAGCAACCCCAGUCAGCUAAUGAAUAAUCACUUGAAUCAAAUAGGUCACACUGGAGGCCUUGAGCAAGUGGAAAUGUUUCUUCUUGCAUAUGCUCUGCAGUAUACCAUCAGAGUUUAUCGAUUGUAUAAAUACAGCACUGAUGAAUUCAUCACACUUUAUCCCAAUGACCCAGAGGAGGACUGGCCUGUGGUGACUCUUAUAACUGAAGAUGACAGACAUUAUAAUAUUCCAGUCAGAAUGUGUGAAGAGACUAGUUUGUAAACGAGAUUUUUGGCAAAUUUAUAAAUUUGAUAUCCGAAUCUGACCUGGACAUUAAAUUUCCAACACUAUUUUGAAAUAAAGUCAUGAUGAGAUUUA